ACAAUCAUAAUCAUAAUGAUUGUUUUUGAUCCAAAACAAAGUUUUAUUGUUGCAGGACAAACAUGUAACUAUCCAGGAUCACCUGCACAUGCAUCGGUUACAUUUACAAAUGAACGUAUGGUUUCAGGUACAAUUGCAACAUAUACAUGCGAUAAUGGUUAUGAAUUAUUAGGACCAUCAAGACGUUUAUGUCAUCAGAAUGGCACCUGGACACCAUUAGGCAUUCCAUUUUGUGGUAAGUUUUUUUAUCUUUUUAAAUAGAGUUUUCCAAUGAAAUGAAAAUGAAUACUGA